UACGAUGUGGUGCAGCCCAGCUGGGAAUGAUGGUGUAACGGUUGUGCAACAAAAUGAUAUUUUGUAAUUAGAGUUAUUGUGUUUAAAGUGAUUUAUGUUUAAUGUAAAAUGGCUGGCGAAUAUAAAUAUAUAAAAGCACUGGGACAGGGAGGAUUUGGCCAAGCCUACCUCUACCAGGAUAAAAACAAUCAACAAGUGUGUAUCAAGAAAAUAGCUAAAACUGCUGCAAUUUAUGAUGCGGUCAAAAGCGAAGUUUACAUUCUCUCACAGCUGAAACAUCCACGAAUCAUAAAAUUUAUUGAGGUUUUCAUAUCAAACUCUUCAAUUCACAUCGUGAUGGAGUACGCCUCCCAAGGAUCACUAGGCGAUUAUUUACGACGGCGCACUAGUCCUUUGACAACAACGAAUGUAUUGAAUAUUUUCAUGGAUAUCCUGAUGGGGCUGGAAUAUUUGCAUAUUAAGCAUGUUAUACAUCGCGAUCUGAAACCAGCGAAUUUGUUGAUGAGUACCCACAAUCGAAUCAAAAUAUGUGAUUUUGGAAUUUCAGCUGUCGCUAGGAAAUUACCCAACAGCAAAUCACCAGUUGGAACUGUUCACUACAUUGCACCCGAGAUAUUGUUCGGUAACAGUUAUGACUAUCAAGCAGAUAUUUGGUCCUUAGGAUGCAUCUUGCAUGAGCUUUGCACUAUGAAAACGCCUUUCUGGCAUACACGAGAUGUAUCAACUAUAACUCAUAUAAUACUUAAGUCUCCUGUGCCGUUCUGGAAUUGCCAAAAUAUUACAGGAUCAUACGAACUUAGACAACUUUGUGAACGUAUCUUAACUUUCGACCCAAAAAAGAGGAUAACUUUGCCACAAAUUAUUCGCAGCCCAGUUAUAUUGCCGCAUUAUUAUAAGUUGUAUUUCGACUACUAUCAUGAGAAUUCUUUGUAAGAAUAAUUUUAAGUCCUUGUGCUUGUUUUUACUAUUUUAAAGUUUGAUUAUUUCAUGUUGUUUGUUAAUGUGCAUGUUUUUUUAUCCAUUUAAUGAUUUUUGACUUAUACCUAUUGACUUUUAA